AUGGGCGCCGCACUCUCCGGCGUCAAGAUUCUAAUCGUCCCCGCCACCAUUUCGUUUGCGCUCUUCCUCGUCGUCACCUUUGCCGUCCUCCCGCUCUGGCGCCGCUACCGCAACCGCUACAGCCAGUACCUCCCGCUCGACUCGCUCGGCUCGGCGUCGUCGUCGCUGCGCGAGCGCAUCACGAGCCGCCUGGCGGCGCUGACGCUGCCGUCGACGUGGCGCCAGGACAUGGGCCGCUUUGCGGCCGCGGGGGCGGGCGGCGAUGAAGACAUUGGCGAGGAGCUGGGCCGUGUCGACGAGGGGGUCUUCGAGGUGACGGGCUUCGGAUCGGAUAUGGUUCGGCUGAGUAGAGACCUGGAAGAAGGCUUCAUAGACGACAGCGAUGGAGAGGAUGAUUGA